AUGACGUUUACGGUGUUUAAAGUGGUUGCAGUGUUUUGUGGACUAUUCGCGCUCGCUCGCGGACAGUCCACCAAUGUUCAACGGUGUCUCAUCAGCAGAGGAGGUCUUCCAUUGAACACUCACGUCCAUGGUUGCACCACCCCGCCGUGUCUACUCCCGCAACUACAGGAUGCAGUCAUUGAUGUCAUCUUCGAAGCUCCGCGAACCAUCAACAACAUGACGACGCUGGCGACCGCCACCCUCAACUUCAUCGUCGAGGUGACCAUUCCGCUCGACCUGCAAGAGAACUCCGUCACCUGCAACUUUCUCACCAAUGCUGCUUGCCCCAUCCAACAAGGAGAGAACAUCCGGUACCGCCUCAACAUGUUCAUUGAGAGCUUCUUCCCUGUGAAUACGGUGGCAACUGUCGAGUUCAGGGUGAGAGAUAAUGAGGUGGGCGAUGACAUCUGGUGCACCCGGGUACCCAUCCGAAUCCAGCCUCCCCAGUCGGCCGCAGCGAGCGACUCGAUACCAGCGCUACUCACUGCGGAGUAGACUGUGAAAU